CAGAACAGAUAAGAAAGAAACACUUUUGUUUUGACUUGGCGCUCGUUUCCCGAGAAAAUCCGCCCAUCAAAACUCACCCACCCAUCGGGUUCCCACCGCGCAAGGCUGUUACGCCUCCCAACAAACCAAGUUGAAUGAAUGUUGUGUUUCUAGUCGCAAAAGUCGUGUUUUGUAGCAAAUAACAAUAAAACUGGGCUUAAAUCACUCAGAACCGACUUAUAUCAUUUGGUGAAAUGGCAGACCCAGGCUUCCCGGGACAGCACACGACCACCACCACUGUUACUUCGAACACAACGGUCCAGACCAAUAUCAGAUAUGACCCCACCUACAUAAGGACCCUGCCGGGGAUUCUUAAAGUCGCAGAGAUUGUAAAUUUCAAGCCAGGCUUUAUUUCCGAAAGUGAAUUUUAUUUUAAGGUCUUGAACCUCUUGGGCUUCAUCUGCAUAGAAGUGAGUGCCUUUUCGUACGUCUCGCGUGGCAGUUUCUUCAUUUUCGUCUCGAUGACGGCCUUCUGGUUCACCGGCUUCCUCCUCCUCUUCUACCUGUUCCAUGUCAUAGAGAAGUUCUACCGAAUUCCUUGGUUGAAAAUCGAGUUUGGUUUCGACGCUCUGUGGGCCGCCCUGUACCUCAUAGCUGCAUGUCUUGCAGCCACGUACGGAAUUGAAGCCUUUGCAGUGGCGGCCUUUUUUGGCUUCUGUGCCAUGGUGGUGUACGCCGGAGACGCCUAUUUGAAGUUCAAGGCGGCAAUGAGUGGAGAGCUGGCUCAAGGGGAAAGGGUCAUAAACAAGCAAACGACCACGUCACCCACACAUUAUUAGAACCGUGUUAAUCGAAUGUUAAAUAAUUACUUAAUGUUUUGCAGAGUCUCAAUUGUAUGUUAUUGUUGGAAGCUUUACCGAACUGUUUCUUCACGUAACACUGCACUGUGCAUGUAGUUUACUUAUCAAAGACGAAUUUUGUAAUAUAUUUUUGUUAAGAGAGCGAUUAUUUAAUACUUAUUCUUAUACACACUGUACAAAUUUCUAGAUUAAGACAUUUAGGGGCCACUUUACUCAGUCACAUGUCCUAAGACGCAAUCAUUUUUUUGUCAUAUGUAAAUUGAAACAAAUGUUUUCAAUGCAACGAAUCUAAAAUAUUUGUACGACUGUGUUUACAUUUUUUUAAUAAAGACACCUACAUUCCAUCAACCUA